UUCGCUAUCUGCACGUAGCUGCUGUAUCUAAUGUUUAUGCAAACAUGAAACCUAAUCUGUCAAAUGUUGUGGUAUUUACAUUCAGUCGUCUUCUAGCUGUCGUAGAAUACAUUUCGUUUGCAUUGAAGUCUUAAAGCAUAAAAGAAAAAGCAUAUCCGACUUAUAACGCUGUAUUGUUUUAAAAAAGGCAACAGUGAUAUCGCAACUGGGAUUUACAUUGUGUAUGGGAGUGGUACUACAAGUGUUCAGACAGCUCGUAGUCGGUUUAGGAGGUUUAGAACUGGUAAUUUUAAUCUGGAAGAUGAAAAACGCAGCGCCCGCUCAUCCAUUACGUAUACGGAGAAAGUGAUAUAUAAUACCACAAACGAGAAAUAGGUUCUUGUAUGUGCUAGCAUGCAACAAAACAGGGUAGAUACCUAACCUUAAGCUUAAAUAUAUAGGUUCUUGUAUAUGCUAAAUUGUAAACAAAUAGGGCAGAUCCCUAAUUUUAAGGGUUCUUGUUUAUGCUAACUUAUAACUUAUUGCACAUGCUAAUGUUUUCCUCAGCACUUGGCCGCAUGGUGCAGCACCUGUACUAUAAAACAAUUAGAAUUACGGGUUCAGUACUCUCAUUUCCUCUCUGUUACGAUAUAACAACUCCCGUUAUUAAAAGCAAUUACUUCUCUACUGGAGUUUCCAGAUCUAUGUAUACGAUCGUGGUUUCGUUAAUGCUUUCAGUUUCCAGGUGAGAUCACGUCGCUCGUGUGCCUCGAGCCUACACAGUGUCUAAUAUAUAAACAUAUAUAAAAAUAGAAGAUGGAUCUGUAUGAAUUAAUUGGUGUAGAAAGAACAGCUUCUGUUCAAGAAAUUAAGAAAGCAUAUCGUAAGAAAGCUCUGUGUUGCCAUCCUGACAAAAAUCCAGAUAAUCCAAAAGCAGCUGAAUUAUUUCAUGAAUUAUCACGAGCCUUGGAGAUUCUUAUUGAUACAUCUGCUCGGGCAGCUUAUGACAAAGUUAUUAAUGCUAAGUAUCAACAAAAAUUACGUGCUAAAGAAUUUGAUUUAAAACGCAAAAAAUUGAAAGAAGAUUUGGAAGCACGGGAAUUUGCUGAAAAGUCUUUGAAUACAGAUAAUGAGAAAUUACAGGCUGAGAUAGAGCGAUUGCGAAAAGAAGGAUCAAAGCAAGUACAGGAAGAAAUAGCACUUAUGAAUAGACACUUUGAAAAACAAUCAAAAGUAGUUUACAAGGAAUCACAAACUGACAGUGAUUCUUAUAGAUUAAAAGUGAAAUGGAAGUCUCAUAAAAAUCAGACCAAUGAUGGUGGAUAUGACUAUAAUACGUUAUAUAGAAUUUUCUCAAAGUAUGGGAAAAUAAUUGCUCUUGUUAUUUCCUCCACAAGGGAAGGUAGGGCAUUAGUGGAGUAUCAAAAAAGAAGCGAUGCUGAAAUGGCUCUAAACUAUGAAAUUGGUUUAGCUCAAUAUCCACUUAAACUUCAAAAGUUAUGGGACAAAGAGGAAAAAUCAAACAUUUUUGCCACAGAAACUGCUUAUAAUGAUGGUAAUUUUAUGAAGCACAUGGUAAAUCAAAGUAUGAUUGAUAUUGAACAAUUUGAACAUUCCGUAUUGAAUAAUUUAAAGAAAGCUGAAGAAAGAAAAAGAUCUAUAGGAAAACAGGACACGAUGGAAAGCACUUGAUUAAAUAUUUUUAUGUUGAUUAUACUGUUCUUAAGUUUUUAUUCUGCAAAUUGUUACAACUUGCACCUGAAUAGCAAAAUUAUAUUAUAGACACAUGGAAUAUGGACUGAAAGAUAUUGAAGCAUAUUGUAUAUAUCUAUAUCGUUAAAAUAAGUAAUAAAAUUUAUACACGAAA